AUGUCUGAGAGAAGGGCUGAAAAUUUGAUGAGACCCUCUCAACAUAUUGAUAAUGUGAUGUAUGUUCAAGCUAAAGAAGAAAAGGAGAAAAAUCGUUUACGUUUGAAGACCUCAAUUGUCACUGUUCGAUGGCUAGCACUUCAAGGUUGUGCCUUUAGAGGUAAUGAUGAAUCUCUAUCUUCAUCUAAUUGUGGGAAUUUCCUUGAAUUGGUGAAGGCUUUUGCAAAAAUGAGUAUGGAAAUUAAUGAAGUUGUACUUGAGAAUGCUCCAAAAAAUGCCCAAUAUAUUGCUCCAGAAAUUCAGAAAGAUAUUUUACAUAUUAUGGCCAAUAGAGUACGACAGAUGGUUCGUGAAGAAGUUGGAGAUAAAUUCUUCUGUAUUCUUGUUGAUGAAGCACGAGAUAUAUCUAAACGGGAGCAAAUGGCCAUUAUCUUGAGGUUUGUGAACAAUCAUGGGAUUUUGACAGAAAGAUAUUUUGCUAUCAAAAGUGUUAGUGAUACUACCUCAUUGAAUUUGAAAAAAGAAAUAUCAAAUGUUCUUGUUCAUCAUGAUCUACAAGUUAAGAAACUUAGAGGCCAAGGAUAUGAUGGUGCUAGCAAUAUGCGUGGCGCGUGGAAUGGACUCCAGACAUUAUUUCUCAGAGAUUGUCCUUAUGCAUACUAUGUUCACUGUUUUGCUCAUCGACUACAAUUAACAUUGGUCUCUGCCGCUAAGGAUGUCAGUGUUAUUUGGGAAUUCUUUUCUCAUUUGGACAAUAUUGUCAAUAUUGUUACUUCUUCUACUAAACGCAUUGCUGAGUUACAUACUGCACAAAGAAAUGAAAUUGAACAUAUGUUGGCAAUUGGAGAACGUGAUUCUGGAAGUGGGGCCAAUCAGAUUGGUAAUUUGCAAUGGGCAGGAGCUAGUCGUUGGAGUUCUCACUAUGACUCAGUAAAAAACUUGAUAGGUAUGUACGCUGCAACUUGCAAAGUUUUUGAAGUUCUUAGUGACUAUUCUCCAAAUGGAAGAGCUAAGGCUGAAGUUCGGGGAAUUUACAGAAACAUGGCAAGCUUUGAAUUUGUGUUCAUUUUGCACUUGAUGCAUAAAAUUAUGAGAACAACAGAUACUCUUUGUCAAAUUCUUCAAAGAAAAUCUCAAGACAUUUUGACUGCUAUUACAUUUGUCUCUACUACCAAAACCAUCCUUCAAAAACUUAGAGAAUGCGGGUGGGAAGAAUUUCUUCAUGAAGUGAAAGUUUUUUGUUCGAGAAAUGAUAUUGAUGUGCCUGACCUUGAUUGCCUAUAUAAGAUUGGUCGUUCUCGUCAGCAAACUACAAUUGAGCAUCAUUAUCACUUUGAUGUUUUUAAUGUAGCAAUAGAUUUCAUUUUGAUGGAGUUAAAUACUCGGUUCAAUGAGUCAUCAGUGGAACUUCUUUCUCUUAGUACAGCUUUAGAUCCGAAAAAUUCAUUUGAUUCAAUUAACAGUAAUGAUAUUUGCAAACUUGCAAAGAAGUUUUAUCCUGAAGAUUUCACAAAUCAAGACAUCGUUGCUUUGGAAUAUGAAUUGGUACAUUAUAAACUUGAUGUGAUGCAAAAUUUGAAGGCUUCUACACUUGUUGAGUUGUGUCAGCAAUUGACUGAGAGUGGGCGGUCAAAGGUUUACAUUAUGUUAACUAGAUUGAUUCAUCUCGUUUUGACAUUACCUGUUUCUACUGCCACUACUGAGCGAGCCUUUUCAGCAAUGAAGCAUGUGAAGACGGCACUUCGCAAUAAAAUGGAGGAUGAUUUUCUUGAAGAUUGUUUGACACUCUAUAUUGAACGAGAUUUAGCUAAAGAUAUAGAUAUAGAUUCUAUUAUAGAUGAAUUUUAUGUUUCAAAAUCUCGUAGGGCACAACUUUGUUGA